GCUUAAAAAGGCGCUGAACUCCCCUCCCCUCUCCCUUCCUCCUUUUCCCUGAACCCUUCGGGCCAAAUACUCAUCCUAUCUCACCGUGUGUGCGUCAACGAGCGAGUGGUCUCUGCUGCUGCUGCUGCUGCUGCUCGGGACAAAACCGCACGCAGCUGCUUUCAUUUUCCACUGCUCGAUCAGGAGGGGAGCUCGCGCUGCCUGCUGCAGGGAUACCACGUCUGAUGGACUUGACAUAGGAUCAAGAAUAUACAUAUCUUUUCCUAUUGCUUAUGACCACUUAGGCGAUAGUUACACGUGCCGAAUUGUUGAAAACAAACUUGUAAAUCCGCCCAUUCCGCCGCAGGUUUUAAUGUGUUUUAUGUGUUUGCGCUCAACAGUGAGGUAGACUUAUUCGGGCAAAUUUUACAGGAGUGUCGGCGUGUGAUUUAUCCCGUGGAUGCGGCUGUCGGGGUCGGUGUUUGAACCCUGCAGGAUCAGCCUGUCGUAGGGCAUCAUGAUUUCUCCUGGUUCUUCACAAGUGGAUGAGGAAUAUUUCUCCGGAGAUGCUGCUGUUGGUGCAGAUACUGUGGUUUUUACCUGUGACUGGAGCGGCUCCUUCUCUGACUACCGAGCAGCUGGACAUGGGGGUGGACUGGCUGAGCAGGUUUGGCUACCUCCCGCCCCCUGACCCAGUGACUGGUCAGCUUCAGACCAAGGAGGCUCUGACCAAGGCCAUCAAAGCCAUGCAGAAGUUUGGAGGGCUGAAGGAGACCGGAGUCUUGGACCAAGCCACACUGGGGCUAAUGAAUACACCCAGAUGUUCUCUGCCAGAUGUGUCUGAGGCUGAGGGGACAAUGGGUCGCAGGAAACGGAGCCUCACUCCUCAGAACAAAUGGAAUAAGAGGCAUCUAUCCUGGAGGGUGAGGACCUUCCCUAAGGAUUCGGCCGUACUGGGCAGGGACACCGUUCGAGCCCUGAUGUACUACGCCUUGAAGGUCUGGAGUGACAUUGCACCACUCAACUUUCACGAGGUGGCUGGCAGCGACGCGGACAUUCAAAUCGACUUCACUAAGGCCGACCACAAUGAUGGAUAUCCCUUUGACGGGCCGGGAGGCACCGUGGCGCACGCAUUUUUCCCCGGAGAGAGGUUCACUGCAGGGGACACGCACUUUGAUGACGAUGAGGCGUGGACAUUCAGAUCUCCAGACUCUCAUGGCAUGGACCUGUUUGCAGUCGCGGUCCAUGAGUUUGGUCAUGCCAUCGGCCUGGUCCACACCUCAGCCAUGGAGUCCAUCAUGAGACCGUACUACCAGGGUCCUGUGGGAGACCCUCUGAAAUAUGACCUACCCUAUGAAGACAAGGUCCGCGUCUGGCAGCUCUACGGUGUCAGAGACUCAGUGUCCCACACAAACCGACCAGGCAACCCCUCCCAGACGGCUGAGCCUCCUGUCCUGCUCGACCUUCCUGAAAAUCGAUCCACUGUCCUGCUGGCGCGAGAUGCCCCAGACAGAUGCUCCAGUCACUUUGAUGCAGUGGCCCAGAUACGAGGAGAGGCCUUCUUUUUCAAAGGGAAGUACUUCUGGCGACUAACUCGAGAGAAGCAUCUGGUUUCUCUGCGUCCCGCUCAGAUCCAUCGCUUCUGGAGGGGUCUCCCAACAAAUCUGGACAGCGUGGAUGCCGUUUAUGAAAGACCCCUAGACCACAAAAUAGUCUUUUUCAAAGGUCUUAAGUACUGGGUAUUUAAAGACAAUAUCGUUGAAGAAGGUUAUCCUCGUCCAAUCAGUGACUUUGGCCUACCCUUGGAAGGCGUGGAUGCAGCCUUUGUUUGGCUCCACAACGACAAAACCUACUUCUUCAAGGACAACCACUACUGGCGCUAUGAUGACCACCUUAGGCGUAUGGACCUGGGCUACCCUAAAGACAGCACGCUUUGGAAGGGGCUGCCAUCACAACUAGAUGACGCCAUGAGAUGGUCUGAUGGCUCGUCCUAUUUCUUCAAGGGGAAGGAGUACUGGCGAGUGCCAGGCAGCGACAUGGAGGCGGAGGCCGGAUACCCCCGCCUCAUCGCCAAGGACUGGCUGCUGUGCACCGAGAUGCAAUCGGACUCUCCGGACACAGAGCCCAAGAGCACGGAGACAAGAGUCAACGUGCACCAUCACCCAGACCAUGCAGAGAAUGGAUACGAGGUGUGCUCCUGCACCUCUGACACCGCCUCACCUUUGGGCGCCCGCCCCUCCCCAUCUCCCCUCUGGCUGCUGCCACCACUCUGGACGUUGUCGCUGGCCCUCCGCUCUGAACUGCUAUGAUGCCAAAGCAUGGGACAAAGUUCCUGAGCUGGUUGGUGGAGGGCCAGCUGACACUCAGUCAAACCGACAACUGGAAUAUUUUGUUCUUAUUAUAUAAUUUGGUAUCUUUUUGCUCUGAUUUUGCUGUUAUUUAUUUUACAUGUCAUUCAGUGGGCACUGCCAACUAAAGUAGUCCUGAUAGGCAUCCACCCACUCACAGUGCUUUACAGAGUUCUACAGAAUGGUCAAACUGCCUCAUCUCUGCAAGGAAAAGGGUAAGUGAUUAUUUCUUCCCAUGAGCAGCAGGUUUACAGCAGCAAUGCCUCAGACACAGAGAGAUGAAAGGCACCUGGUGCAAACAUGUCACAUACUGUUGUCUGUUCUAUAAAAUUACAGUAGAUACCUUAUUAAAGGGGCAUUUCACCACAAUUAGCACAAAAUGUCUUUAAAAGUACCAAAAAAAAAAAAAAAAAAACAUAUUUUCACACUGACCUCUGGAAGUAUCUAGCCAUGCAGAUGGUUCAUUUUUUAUGUAAUAGUUUCUGUCUCCAACCCAAUUCAAUGGAGGUGGAUGGAAUUUUAUUUGUGCUGUUUAAGACAAAAUAACAUUUAAAAAACUUAGCAGCAGUGUGUCUGUGUGAAAACAGCAUCACCGUUCCUCUUGAUGAUCCACAGAACUCAUAGGAACUAUUUUUAUGUCAAACAGUAGUUCCAGUGUACCACAAACAAUUUCUAUUCACCUCCAUUGCAUUGGAUGUUUCAGAAACUUGGGAAAUAAACCCCAAAUUAUGUGCAUUGCAGGAUACCACCACAGGGAAGAGAGAAAAUGUUUUUUGGUUGGUGGGGGUGGGGGGAUGGGGAUUGGGGAACAGACCUGUUGAUAAACCCCUGAUUCCACACACAUAUCCAUCCAUGUUUAAUGUAACUCUGACCUACAUCGACUUAACUGCUUAUGAUAAGCAUGGAUGUCUUGGCUCCAUCUCUUACAGACAGUGUGAAAACUACUUACUGUGAGAACUAGACAGAUGCAUGGAUGAGUAGGUGGAUGGACUCAGCACCAGUUUCCUUGCCUAAAUCCAUCAACUCAUCUCUAAACUGAGGAACUGCUGUUUGUGAAUGUAUUUCCACAGGUUCGUUACUUUCACCUCUGGAAUGGAAGCAUUCCCCGCUCUUGGUUUGGUCUUAUUUUUUGUAUCAAAUUCAGAUAAUAUAAUAUUCCAUGUUUAUUUUACAUUGCUUUGGUCAGGUUAGAGAGUUCAUAGAGCCUUUUUGGGACUGUUGGACAAUUUCCCUCACACCCCAUACUCCUUCUGAAGAGUCACAACAUGGCCCUUGGAUUUAUUCUUGCUGUAAAGAUAUAUUUACCUAUAGACUGAUAUAUUUGAGUUGAAAGGUUCUGCAGUUAUUGCAUAACCAAGUGGACUGUGUAUAUUUUAAGCUGUGUUUUCUAAUGUAAAAUAUUUUUGUAGAAAAAUUAAAAAAAAAUCUGAAUGA